UCAAUUAAUCUUUCUCUCUCUCUCUCUCUCUCUCGUUUGCCGGGUGUUAUUUCUAGUUUCCACUAAAAAAAUUCUUACUGUUUUUUCCCGCUUUUGAUUAAUGUUUCUCUCUUUCCUUUGGCUUGCAUUUCUCUCCCAGGUAAGCUCUAGAUCGGCUUUGAAUUCGGGAUGGGUUUUAUUCUGAUACGACAGCUCAAAUAACUGCAAUUCUAAUCGGAUCGGGAACUUAUAUCUGCAUUCGCGGUAGGGUUUCGGAUAUUGUUGCAUUCCGAUGAAACCCUAAUUCACAUCGCUUAAGUGUGGAAGUUGGUUGAAUACUUGAAAUUCAUGGAUUUGGAUAGUUGAUUAAUUGAUAGAUGAAAUCUGAAUAUAUAUUUCUAGUAGUGGAUUUCGGGUUUGUGGUUUUGUAUAAUUGCUCUUUGGGGGUUGACGGAGUAAUUCACGCUGAAACCCCUACUUAAAUAUUUUCGAGCUUUGUGGCUCUGUGUCUUGGUUUUGAUAUUGACUAUUGUCGGGUUUCAGAUUGCUUGGAGGAGGAGAGAGAUUUGAAGGAUUUGUCUCAUAGGCUUAUCUCAAUUGUUCAGAUCAAAUUUGUUUUUCUUGCCUUCAAUUAGGUUGGUUAUUAUAGCUUUGCACGAAACACUAGUUACUUAGAAUUUGCAUUUUGGAAUUCUGGAAUUUAUAAGAGCGAUAUCCAUCAUGGAUAGCAACAAAGAUGAAGCUUCGAGGUGCAUUAGGAUUGCUGAAGCAGCUAUUGCAUCUGGCGACAAGCAGCGUGCACUGAAAUUCAUUAAAAUUGCACAACGCCUUAACCAUAAUCUGUCUGUUGAUGAUUUAUUGGCUGCAUGCCAGAAGCUAGAGUCUACGGCUUCCACUUCUUCUACUGAGGAAAAACCUAGAGAUCAAAACCAAAAGGAGCCUAACCCCUCUAACCAUGCUGAGUUUUCAAAUGGCGAAAGGAAUUAUACUGAAGAGCAUGUUAGGCUGAUUCGUGAAGUGAAAAAGAACAAAGACUACUAUGCAAUACUCGGAGUGGAAAAGAACUGUUCGGUUGAGGAGAUUAGGAAGGCUUACAGGAAGUUAUCUCUCAAGGUCCAUCCCGACAAGAAUAAGGCACCCGGUUCGGAGGAGGCAUUCAAGAAAGUAUGCAAGGCUUUCAAGUGCUUGAGUGAUGAAGAUUCAAGAAGGCAAUAUGAUCGGACGGGCCUGGUUGAAGAAUUUGAGUACAAUCAGCAGCACAACGUUAGGAGGAGGAGAAGAAGAACCGGUCAUGACUACUUUGAUGAUGAUUUCGACCCUGAUGAGAUAUUCAGAUCAUUCUUUGGUCAGCAAGAUAUGUUUCGGACUGCUCAUGCGUACAGGACUAGAGGAAUGGCGAGUCAUCAAAGGGAAACUACUCAUAGAGAAGGCUCUAAUCUUGUCGUUCUUCUUCAAGUUUUACCGUUCUUGUUUAUCCUCUUGCUAGCAUAUUUUCCUUUCUCAGAGCCUGAUUAUUCUCUUCAGAAGAACUAUUCCUACCAGUUUCCCAAGAUUACCGAGAAACAUGGAAUAGAAUUUUAUGUUAAAUCAUCUGAUUUUGACCAGCAAUUUCCUCCUGGAAGUCCUUCCAGAGCUAACAUUGAGGAUCAUGUGGUGAGAGAUUACAAACAUCUCCUUGGCCGCUACUGUCAUAUUGAGCUACAAAGGCGUCAGUGGAAUAGAAAUUAUCCAAUGCCUAACUGCGAUAAGCUGAAAAAUCUUGGAGUAUUCUGAAGUGGUUAUUUUGGGCAGGUAGAACUUGUUGCUACAUUUGAAGACACAUUUAUACUCAAGUUCAAGUGGGUGCUGGUAGGUGAGUAUUUUCAGGACCCCGCUUAUUAAAACCUAGGCGGUUCACUAUUUGGCUUUUUUCUAUUGUGGUCGAUGAUCACCGAAAUGGGCUGGUAUAGAAGAGAUCAAACAAACAAGACAUAGGACAUCUGCAUCAUACAGGACGCUUGUUUAUGGUAGGAUUAUAUCAAGGACAUGCUCAUGGUGAGUCUUUAUGGUAUGCUCAAUGCUUACUGCAAAAGGCUAUAUUCUAUAACCUAAAAAGUCUGAUUUUUGUGAGAUUCUCAUUUGUUUUGUGGUACCUGUGCAUAUAACAUGCAUUUGUCAACGAGCAACGAGUAUAUCUCAUAAUAGUGUUUCAUAUCAUUUGAAAAUAUGAUGAGCUAGCUCAUUAUCUAAUAAUAUGAUUCAACCUACUUAAAAAUGAAAAUUUGAAACUUCAUGUCAUCUUUUCUUAAAUGAAACAUCUUUGAUUUGAA